AUUACAACUUUUAAAUCAAUAUUACUCCGGAAUUAAUUAUUAAGCCUUUGCUUGAAUGUACCCACCGAAGUGACAUAUUCAAUGGUGAAAAAGGAAAAAAAUAAACGUCAACAAAGCUGACUGGUGCAAAACAAAGUAGACAAAUUUUUUGAAAAGGAAUGGAAAAGUCAGCUGACCAAAGCAGCAACAAAGCAUACGAAAUGACUCCUAAAAACAUUGACGAUCCCGUGGACGCCAACUCCGCUUCAAAAGCAGACGAAUCUGAUCUGCAAGAGGUUGAGGAUGUGAACGAGAGCCUCGACGAACUAACUCGUGCACUUGAUUUUUUUGAACAGCGCACCGACGAUAUUAUUGCACAGUUAAGAGUGCUGCUGGACUCCAAUCGUGAAAUACGUCAACAAAUAGCACAGGACAAGGAAAAAGAAACAAUUGCGGCUUUGGCAGCUACAAAUAUCAGUAGCAAAACAGAAAACGACGAUGCUGAUGAAAAUACCAAUGUUGGUGAUUAAGAUGCGCUAAAUGGGCACAUCGCAAUGGGAGGUGCACACAAAAGUAUUAGAGGCCGUGAAAUUGUCGUUUACAUUUGCUUGCUUUUGUUUUAUAUAUCUUAAAUUUAUUCGUGUUGACAACAAUUAUAAGAGUAGUACAAACUAAA